CCUCAUUCACAUUCCCCGCAGAGUCAUUGGCCUUCUCCCAUUUCAAAACACCCCACCUCGCCCCCCUUCUUCUAUUUAAGAAAAUCAGAGCCACCGCAUCUCCCAAAAUUUCAGCUCAGCUCAGAUAUUCGCACCAAAAUUCACACACAGAUAGGAUAUUCAGAGACAAUUAGUUGGUGCUCAUGGGUACGGUUGUUGAUGAUGGAAAGAAGGAGGCUCAGCAGGAGGCUCAGCAGGAGGCUCUGCAGGAGGUUCAGCAGGAGGCUCAUGGAAGCUUAGCUGAUCUGAACCCUACAGUUGUUUUUGUAUUGGGUGGCCCAGGCAGCGGAAAGGGUACUCAAUGUGCAAACAUUGUUGAGCACUUUGGCUUUACCCAUCUCAGUGCUGGCGAUCUUCUUAGAGCAGAAAUCAAAUCUGGCUCUGAAAAUGGGACCAUGAUUUCGGAUAUGAUUAAAGAAGGAAAGAUUGUUCCUUCCGAAGUAACAAUUAAACUUCUUGAACGAGCAAUGCUGGAAAAUGGGAAUGAUAAGUUUCUCAUUGAUGGGUUUCCCCGUAAUGAGGAAAAUCGUGCUGCAUUUGAAGAUGUGGCUAAAAUCGAGCCUUCAUUUGUCUUGUAUUUUGACUGUUCUGAAGAAGAGAUGGAGAGGCGGCUUUUGGGUAGGAACGAGGGAAGAGAGGAUGAUAACGUAGAAACAAUAAGGAAGCGGUUUAAGGUUUUCCAAGAAUCUAGUCUCCCUGUGAUAGAGUACUAUAACUCCAAGGGGAAAGUUCAGAAGAUUGAUGCCAGAAGGCCUAUUGAAGAGGUUUAUGAGUCAGUAAAAGCUAUUUUUGCACCAAAAGAUGAGAAGGCCGAUUAAUUGCUGCGGUUGUAACCAAGAUUUCAGAUCCUAUGUCUCUUGAGGUGAUGCAAUUGCGGGCUGCAUAUAUUAUAUUCUUUGGCAGGUUUAUUCCUGAUGCCUGCUUACUAUAGAAGGUUGUAUUAUUAUUCUACACAAUUGAGGUGUAUCCCUCUACUCUCAUAUUGUCAUUGUAUUCUAUCUUUAAGAUUUGUAGUGAUAAUUGUUCGAAUAA